UGCCGGUCGGUCCCGAGAGCCGUUCACAUCCUGCGGGACGCAAAAAUUUAAAAUGGCAAUAGACAUGUACAUUUGAUAGGGUGGUCCACUCGACAAGAGAGAGAAAGCUGAUUCGGUUUUAACGUAACGCACGAUAAUGAGCGAGUGAAAACGGAAACGGAGAGAGGAAGAGAGUAGGGGAGAGAGAGAGAGAGAGAGAGAGAGAGAGAGAGAGAGAGAGAAAGCGAGGGUCGCGAUGAACGGAUAAAUAUCGGUGCAACCAUCAUCAGUCGUGCAUCUUCCGAGCGGGAGAGAGGGGUGCGAUACUACCCUCUUCUCGCACAGCACACGCAUAAUCGUCGAGAGAAGAGUGGCGGAUCGAGAGUGGACUACUAGUCGUGCUGUGACGGAAGUUAGGCGCUCUCGACGGUAUGCCCGUGACGAGUCGCGACGCGAGAUAAAGGUGGGACCGAAGGGACGAGCAUCUUAUCCUGAAGGGAGCAGCGGGAGACGGAAAUAUGGGAAAAGGGGACAAGAGAGGCGUUACGCAGCGCAGUGAUGCCAGCACCAAUCUCGUGGGCAAGUUCACGCAGAGCGUACGGAGGAUCGUCCAGGACGUGAAGGACGAGGGCACUUCCAGUGGACAAACGAAGGAGGAAGUGAUCGAGACGAACGAGAGGCUGAGAGUCGUGAGGAUACGUCUGGACGGCAGCUAUGACACCGCCAAGAGGGCCCUCGUCGAACUGAUGUGCAAGUACACCGAUAGCAAGCAAGUGCGCAACGUGUUCCAACGUUACAACCUCCUCAAAAAUAUGAUCAAGGACGUAAUUAAGCUGGAGACGCAAUAUUGGACGCUGGUAGAUAUACCGAGGCAGGAGAAACAGGAGACCGUGCCCGCCUUCGUGCUGCGUGCCUGUUCCAUCAUGGAGAAGACCCACAAAAGCGGCGAAGGCGUGAAAACUUCGGCGCGUCUCGCCGAGGAGGCCGAGACCAAGAGAGAGCGCAUCGAGAGACUCGAGAAUAUGACGACGGCGCAAAUCGAAGCUGAGAACACCCAGAUGACCAAUGAUUUGUACAGAUUGCUGAAGAAAUACACGGGUCUCAGGAAUCUCAUCAAAGUGUUAAAAGAGGAGUACAACGGCGCGAAGUUGUAUCCAAUGUUCCCGCGUUACACGAUAUUGAAGGACAUGAUAAAGGAUAUAAUGCACAACCCGGACUAUAUGGAAGUCUGUCACGAGGUGGACCAAGCAUAGCGGCCCGACCCCCUCCACCGUUCGCCACGUAUGACCCUGUAAACUUCUUCGGGGUCGCCGCGUGGUCGUCGGUGAAGGGGGUGAAUCACAGAACGCUUCAGCUUCGACUGAUCAUUUCCUUUUUGGACAGAGCAAUUCCUGUGAUCUUAUGUUUUUUCCUAAUAUCUCCGCGAAAAUUCCUUUUCUUUUCCUACCCAUAUCUUGAACAAGUCGUUCGCGAUCGUCAUCCUUGUUCGUACGAAUCUUGGGGGCAAAAUCUAAAACGAGUUGCGCCACGCUUAUAUCAAUUGUAUAUGCAAUUUCUCGCAGGUAAGUUAGACCCGGCUCCUCUUUGUCGCGUGUCUUGUAAAGUUUCGGCAAGAGGUGGGUGAGAUAUUAAGGAGUUGAAUAUCGCGCUGAAGUACGUCAUCGAACGUCGUGGAGUAGCAACGAGCAACCUCGCCGUGCUAUAAGAGCGCCGCAAUAUCACGAAGACGGGAACAGUCGUGGAGUCAAGGUAGGUCAUGAGGUCGUUCUCGUACAACCAUGAGGAAUGCUGCUACUUGCUGCUUAAUCAUCGCAAGAAAGAAACAAAUAAGUUUUUUUCAUUGCUUAUAAAUAAAGGUAUAGAAAUAUUUUUUUGCGGAGAAUAUAAGAGAGAUCAGUUUUAUACGUAUGUAUAAUUAGAUGAUUUUAAUGGCUAUAAAUUGAGAUAAAUGUUGAAGAUUAAGAAGAUUAUAUCGCGCUGAAUUUUCGAAAACUCCAUGGCGAUCGAAAAGUUCUCGGAAAUGUAAUAGUGAUGAUUCUAGAACUUUAUAUUAAAUUCAAUAUUUUUAAAAGAUCCCAUUUGUCACUUUGUGGCAAGAGGAGAGAUUCCGAAAGAAUCCUUCCAGUAAGUAAAUAAGUCCAAGUAGCAGGAUUCGCGAGAUUCCAGCGUAGAAGCCAAGAGAUCGUUUUACAAUUUCUGAUUUUGGGUCGGAAUAGUCGCUCGCACGUCACAAAGAAAAAAAGAGGCUAGAUGCGCUAUUAUUAAUAGUGAAUGUCGUAUGCAUGUGGUAUACCGUAAUCAAUUAGGCCAAUUUGCAAGAUCUACGGAGUGUCGAGUAAAUUCGUGUAAGAUCGUGGGCGUGUGUUUGUACAUAGGUGUAGCUCGUGUGUGAGUGAAAAUUAGCGUGAAAUUGUGAGAGUGGUGUCAAUGUGGAGCACAUUAUUACCUGCUUCCUGCUGUGUAGGACUCUCGUAAUAAAGGACGUCAUCGGUCUCGCGCGACCGAAUAUUCGCUUUACCUACGAAGAGGACAAAGAUUAAACUACUCGAGACAAUUCGAGCAACGCUCUGCGAAAAAAAAGGAGAUGUAUUUAUAACUAAAAAUAUUAAUUAAUGAUUUAACAUUUAAAAAUAAGAUUUACAAUACGGUUAACUUUGAAUAUGAAGAUUUUAUUGAAAUAUUUGGAAUAUAUUGUGUGCAUACAUGAAUUAUAUAUUUAGUGUAUAAAAUAUGGAAUAUUUGAAAUUCUCGCUUUUUAUCUGCGAAAAGAGACAGAGAUUAGGUGGUUCAUAACGUUCGAAAAAUGCUGAAAAAUAAUAAAUUAUGAAUAAGAAAUAUUGAUUAAUGAUUUAAUACUUCUAACAAGAAAAA